AUGUCGUUCCUUGCUGCAACACGGAGGGCUGUCAGGCCUUCGUUCGCCUCGUGCUCCCGGGCGCUCGCAACCGAGGCGGCGGCGCCUCUGAGCGGUGCAGGCGACGCCCAGGCGGCACCAGUAGCCUCAUCGUCGACCUCUGCGCCAUCCACCCGCGACUCGCUGCCGUUUGACGCCGAGUCGUCCCUCGGCGAUGCCUUCGUCCACGUCCGCCUGCGGCGAUUCUACUCGCCCAAGCUCGCCACCUCGCCCGACUCGACCUCGCCCGCCGCGACCGAGCCCAUGGUCGUCCCCCUCCCCGCUCCCCUGUUCGACGUCCCCGCGCGCCCGACCCUGCUGCACAAGAUCAUCACGGCGCACCUGUCGUCCCUGCGCGCCGGCACGGCCUCGACCAAGAACCGCGCCGAGGUCGCCUUCAGCGGCAAGAAGAUGCGCCCGCAAAAGGGCACCGGUCGCGCCCGCCUCGGCGACCGCGGCAGCCCGAUGCUCAAGGGCGGCGGGCGCGCGUUUGGCCCGAGGCCCAAGGGCCCCGACGGGUGGAUGCGCAAGAUCAACCGCAAGGAGGAGCAGCUCGGCCUGCGCGUGUCGCUGUCCGAGAAGUGGCGCUCGGGCAACCUCGUCGUCGUCGACCAGCUCGGCCUCGACGAGCCGCGCACGCGCGUCCUGAGCCAGAAGCUCGCCACGCGCGGCUGGACCGACGCCCUGUUCGUCACGGCGAGCAACGCGGCGCGCACCGACGACGCGACGACGGUCCAGUCGCGCGCCGCGUUCGAGCUCGCCGUCGGCAACAUUCCCGACGUCGCCCUCGUCACCGACGUGCAGGACCUGACGGUGUGGGACAUUGUCAAGCGGCGCAACGUCGUCAUCGAGCUCGGCGCCGUCGACGAGGUCAUCGAGCGCGUCGACCCGUACGGGCCCUUUGUCGAGCAGUACGCGUUUGACCCCGAGGACGAGUUCGAGUUUGACGAGGCAGAGCUCGAGGGCGAGGCACAGGCCGCUCUGGCAGAUGCCGUCGCGGCCGAGGUGGCGCAGCAGCAGGAGCAGGCCGCAGACGCGCGCGUGUAACUUGGUCGUCGUCCUCCUC